AUGCUCGUGCUACUUUACAUUCUCGUUGGAGCCUUUGUACUCAAUCUCGCCUGGCAGUAUUGCUACUCUUUCCGCAGAGACAGAGCUCCAUUGAUAUUCUACUGGAUCCCAUGGCUCGGAUCUGCAGUCGCCUAUGGCCUCAGGCCCUACGAGUUCUUUGAGGAAUGCAGGCAGAUCCAUGGCGACGUGUUCUCGUUCAUGCUCCUCGGCAGAAUCAUGACAGUGUAUCUCGGACCCAAAGGACACGAGUUUGUGUUCAAUGCCAAACUCAACGACGUUUCGGCUGAGGAGGCCUACAGUCACCUUACCACGCCUGCAUUUGGCAAGGGAGUGAUCUAUGACUGUCCCAAUUCGCGUCUAGUCGAGCAGAAGAAGUUUGCCAAGUUCGCGUUGACCAAAAACUCGUUUGUCACAUAUGUGGAUAAAAUCAAGCUGGAAGUGGUGGACUACUUGAAGAGCUCCAAAAAGUACGACUUGCAGAUCCUCAAGAGAGGAGUCACUAACGUGCUUGAAUCACAGAGCGAAGUCACCAUUCUCACUGCGUCGAGAUGCCUCUUGGGAGAAGAAAUGCGUUCCAAGCUUGACACUUCAUUUGCCCAACUCUACACCGACUUGGAUAAGGCCUUCGUGCCCAUUAACUUCGUAUUUCCUAACAUCCCUUUGCCCCACAACAAGAAGAGAGACCACGCUCAACGGGCCAUCUCUGGGGCUUAUAUGGACUUGAUCAAGAGUAGAAGGGAAUCCGGUGAUAUAGUAGCUGGAAGGGACCUAAUCGACUCGUUGAUGUUACAUUCAACCUACAAGGAUGGAGUGAAAAUGACAGACCAAGAAAUUGCUAACCUUUUGAUAGGUAUUCUUAUGGGUGGCCAGCAUACUUCUGCUACAACGUCAGCGUGGUUUUUGUUGCGGUUGGCCCAAAAUCCUGCAAUCCAGGAUGAAAUAUACGAGCAGAUGAAGACAGUCUUGGAUGGUGACUUGGACAACUUGAGCUACGAAAAUUUACAGAAAAUGCCUUUGAUCACCAACACCGUGAAAGAAACGUUGCGCAUGCACCAUCCACUUCACUCGACGUUCAGAAAGGUCAAAAACUCGCUUAAAGUCCCUGGCACCAACUACGUUGUUCCCAAGGGUCACUACGUACUCGUUAGUGUUGCAUACGCUAUGACCAACGAAAGAUGGUUUUCAAAUGCCAACAGGUUUGAUCCCCAUAGAUGGGAUGAAAAGAAAACAGAAGACUCAGACGAAACUGUUGACUAUGGGUUCGGAAAGGUCUCCAAGGGAGUGGCCUCUCCAUAUUUGCCAUUUGGUGGCGGUAGACACAGAUGUAUUGGUGAGCAGUUUGCACACCUUCAACUCGGGGUAAUCUUGGCAACGAUGGUGUGGAACCUCAGGUGGACACUAGAAGAGGGCAGAGGAUUACCUAGAUCCAGUUUCGAUUCAAUGGUGGUUUUGCCUGAGGCACACGGCGCUAACAUAAGCUGGGAGAAGAGAUCUACCUGUACGAUAUAA